AAAUGACUAGCAGCAACAAGUAAAGGCUAAAGAAGAGAGAGAGAGAGAGGGAGAGAUCAUCUUAGUGACUGUUCUCCGCUGUUCGUUCCGACUCCUCUGCAACUCCAACGGUCCAACCCUGCUUGCCCGAACGACAAAAGCUUCUCUAUCUCGGCCGGAAACCUCCAUUCUUUCUGGCAAUAAAAUGUCUUUUACACCUGUACACUCAUAUUUUCGUCGAUUUCAGGGGCCGUGAUACCAAUUCUUGUUUCUGCCACAUUUCCCCUCUUUCCCUUUCUGUUCGCCAAACAUGUCGGUCUACAACACAGCGUUUUUGAACAGAGAACUCUCCAAGCCGACCUCAAUAUUCGGUCUUCACUUAUCGGUUGUCAUCGGAAUCUGCGUUGGAGUGUUCAUCGUUCUCGUUCUCUUCCUACUUUCUCUCUGCAUCACGUCUCGUUGCCGGAGAUCUCCCAAGUCGAAGCUCUCCGCAUCCAACCACACCCCCGUCGUCUCCAAGGAGAUCCAAGAGAUCGUCCAUGUCGCUACUCCGGAUCAGCGGCCGGUGCCGCCUGCCGUUCCCGAGAUCCAGAUUGACAUUGGCAAGCCGGAGCAUCGGGUAGUGUUCUCUGACAGGCCCUCAUCGCACGCAAGCGGAGAGUCUCGUUCAACUACUGCAACGGAUACGGUAUCGAUGUCUGGGGGCCCGCCGGAGGUUUCUCAUCUAGGGUGGGGUCACUGGUAUACUCUGAGGGAGCUUGAAGCGGCGACAAAUGGGUUAGCAGAUGAGAAUGUGAUUGGAGAAGGUGGGUAUGGAAUCGUUUAUCGAGGGGUAUUGCCUGAUAAUACGCUAGUCGCGGUGAAAAACCUGCUGAACAAUAGGGGUCAAGCUGAGAAGGAGUUUAAAGUAGAGGUGGAGGCAAUUGGGCGUGUUAGACACAAGAAUCUGGUUAGGUUGCUUGGAUAUUGUGUGGAGGGAGCUUACAGGAUGCUUGUUUAUGAGUAUGUAGACAAUGGAAAUUUGGAUCAGUGGCUUCAUGGGGAUGUAGGGCAAGUCAGCCCUCUAACAUGGGAUAUUCGGAUGAACAUUAUCCUUGGAACAGCAAAAGGUUUGGCUUACCUUCAUGAGGGCCUUGAACCAAAGGUUGUUCAUAGAGAUGUAAAAUCUAGUAAUAUACUACUAGAUCGACAGUGGAACCCCAAGGUCUCUGAUUUUGGGCUAGCUAAGCUUUUGUGCUCUGAAAGGACUUACGUGACAACUCGUGUGAUGGGAACAUUUGGCUAUGUAGCACCUGAAUAUGCCUGUACUGGUAUGUUGAAUGAGAGGAGUGAUGUCUAUAGCUUUGGAAUACUCAUGAUGGAGAUAAUUUCUGGCCGGAGCCCUGUAGAUUAUAGUCGACCACCUGGAGAGGUAAAUUUGGUAGAUUGGUUAAAAGCCAUGGUUGGAGACCGAAAGUCUGAGCAAGUAGUGGAUCCUAAGUUGCCAGAAAUGCCUCCUUCAAAGGCACUUAAACGGGUUCUUCUGGUUGCUCUUCGAUGUGUUGAUCCGGAUGCCAAGAAAAGGCCUAAAAUGGGGCAUGUCAUUCAUAUGCUUGAGGCUGAUGAUUUGCUACUACGUGAUGAACGUCGGAUUGGACGAGAGGCUAGCCAUUCCCAUCGUGAUUAUCCACCAGUGGAUCAGGAUGUUACAAGGUUGGGCAAUAUACAGUUGGCUGAAAAGGCCUCUGAUACAAGUGAAGGGGAAAGCAGUAGCAGUCAACACCAUCAAACAAGGUGGAGAUUGUGAAAAUGAGUAAAUUAGAUGGCUGACAAUUUAAAUCUGUCAUAGUUUCAGAAAAUUCAUUUUUCUACAGUUGGUCCAUUUUUCUUGAUAAUAGAUUCCAGAUCAUCAGAAAAUGAUUAUUUGCAUUUGUUGUAUGUUCAUUUAUCAAUUUAGGAUCCAUGAUGUCUUGAA